AGUCAUAUGACGUUCGGGGUAGUCCUGUUCAGUCGGAUUCCGCUGUGGAAGGAAGUUGGGACAGAGAAACCUCUUUCUUGUGUAGCGUGGGGUCCUUUUUGGACAGAAGUGAGUAGAUUUCAGGGAUGUUCGCGGCUGGUUUGUUGGUGUGUUUGCUGGCCGUCUCCCGGGCUCAGUACGCUCCGGAUGAGGUGACUCACCUGCCGGGGAUGUCGUUCAAACCGAACUACCGGCAGUGGUCGGGUCACCUGCAGGCACGGCCCGGGAAGUUCCUCCACUAUUGGUUUGUGACUUCUCAGAGGGACCCGGUCACAGACCCCGUGGUGCUCUGGCUGAACGGAGGCCCAGGCUGCAGCUCGCUUGAUGGCUUCCUGUCCGAGAAUGGCCCAUUUCAUAUAAAUGAUAACGGAGCGACAGUGUAUGAGAACACAUUCAGCUGGAACAAGAUUGCCAAUGUGCUGUAUCUAGAAUCUCCUGCAGGAGUGGGAUAUUCCUACUCUGAUGACAAACAGUAUGCCACCGACGACGACCAGGUUGCUGAUGAUAAUUACAGAGCCCUGCAGAGCUUCUAUGCCAGGUUCCCACAUUUCACUCGAAAUGAGUUCUUCAUCUUUGGGGAAAGUUAUGGUGGAAUUUAUGUACCAACCCUGAGCCUGCGUGUGGCUACUGGAGCGGCAAAAAUCAACUUCAAGGGCUUUUCAGUGGGAAAUGGGCUCAGCAGCUAUGCGCUGAAUGACCAAACGUUGAUCUACUUUGGUUACUACCACGGCCUCUUUGGAGAAGACUUGUGGCGAGAUCUGAACAUAAAUUGCUGUGACAAGGGGGCCUGUAAUUUCUACAACUCCAGCUCCGAGCUCUGCAAUACGCUGGUUAACGUGGCCUUUGGUAUUGUGUAUAAUAGCGGACUCAAUGAGUAUGCCCUUUACUUGGAUUGCGAGGGCGGCAGAAGAUUCCACAGAGGCUAUGAGAGGACCAUGAGUCACCUGUUUAAGAACUACAGGAAACCUCAACACACCCACAAGUUUUCAGAUGAAGUGUCUCCCUUCGUGUCUCUGCAUGAUGUCCCUCCCUGCAUCAACAGUACGGCUCAGAUUAAUUGGCUGAAUAGAGGCGACGUGAGGAAAGCGUUGCACAUUCCAGAUACACUGCCAGCGUGGGACAUCUGCAGUGAUGACGUUGGGGAGCAAUACCGCAACCUGUACCCAACCAUGAAGGAGGUGUAUCUGAAGCUGCUCUCUCUGGGCCUGCAGGCGCUCGUCUACAACGGAGACACCGACAUGGCCUGCAACUUCCUGGGAGACCAGUGGUUUGUGGAAGACCUCGGCCUGAAAGCAACCACUAAGUACCAGAACUGGCUUCAUGAUGACCAGAUUGCCGGUUUCUACCAGCAGUAUGGAAACAUCACUUUCCUGACAGUCAAGGGUGCAGGUCACAUGGUUCCUCAGUGGGCUCCAGGUCCGGCCUUCCAGAUGUUCCAGUCUUUCAUCACUAAUGGCUCCUACUGAGCCAUGAUGGAAACUGCUGCCUGUAAUAUACCUGCACUCAUCACUUGUUAGAUGGUAAUUUGUUCUCAGGGAAGAGGGUUUAGGAGGGAAAGAGACUGUUGGCACUUGUUCUUAUCUUUUAUUGUUCAUACCUGCAGUGAAGUGUGUUGAGUGUUCGGAGGGAGACGUAUGUGUUGUUGGCUUUGCUCUGCUCCACAUUAGAUAUGGAAUUAAACUAUUCAAGUGCCAGCUUUGAGAAAUGUAAUCCAUUUUUAGAUAUUCUUUGUGGUCUCCUGAAAAGGAGAUCGAUACAAAUAUCAAUACAUGAAUCUUAUUUGAUUCCUGCUUUUGGGGUUUUGUGCUGUACGUCUGGUUUCAGUCAGGGAAAAGCACUUCCUCAGUUGAUUGAAGUUAUGUUCUAUUUAGCCUUAAACUCGUCGGUGGCUUUGUCUUGUUUUGAUGGGUUUACUGCAUUGCCCUGAAACGUAAACAGAAAUUGUCUUUGUCCAAAUACGUGAACUGCCUCUGAUCAAAUGAAACGAUAUUCUGUGGCAUUAUUUUAGGCAGAAGUGUGCGAGUAAUGGGCCAUUGCUCAACUUUAAUGAAAGAACUGUCUUAAUCCAAGCUGUAUUUGUCUUUUUAUUAAAUGUUUUGAACUGCUA